GAACCUAAAGCAAGAUGGCUGCUUAAGUAAAUGAGCUUGGAUGCAUCUGAUGAAAACAUCGCUACUGUUAACUUAUUAAAUAUUAGAAUAUUAGGGCCUGUUGAAAAGUUUUAACACAAUUGUUUAAAACUAGUUCAGUCUUUCAAAACUGCCGUCAACUGCUGCAGUUUCUCCUUUUGAAUUAUAUAAACUAAAUCACCUUGCAGAAAAUAAAUUCCAAGAGAGUGACAAGGCCAACGUUCCAAUAGAGUGACAAGGCCAACGUUCCAAAAGAGUGACAAGGCCAACGUUCCAAAAGAGUGACAAGGCCAACAUUCCAAAAGAGUGACAAGGCCAACGUUCCAAAAGAGUGACAAGGCCAACGUUCCAAUAGAGUGACAAGGCCAACGUUCCAAAAGAGUGACAAGGCCAACGUUCCAAAAGAGUGACAAGGCCAACGUUCCAAAAGAGUGACAAGGCCAACGUUCCAAUAGAGUGACAAGACCAACGUUCCAAUAGAUUGACAAGGCUGAAAUAUGGAGCCAGCAUCUGUUGAUACAUGCGAAGACUUUCAGUUAUCACUGCCUGAGUGCUAUGAUAGGGUCUUUAACUUGCAUCAGAUUCUGGAGAAAACAGAAGAAUCAAUGGCUUCAGAUAAAAUACAGGGUCAGCUGAGAGAUGGCAUCAUCGUGACAGAGCGAGCCAUUCAGAUGGUCAAUGAUUUGGAUUUGUUCAGCCGGAAUGAAGACAUUGAUGAAGUUUCCACUAAUGAGCUUAAGUAUAUGCUGCUGUCAGCUUUCUUAGGAUAUUUUAUCUGUCUGAAUACACACCUGCCUCGUCCACAAGCUGUUGCUAAAGCCAAGCUUUGUUACACUGACUUUCUGAGGCUGAUGAAGUCCUACAAUGUUAUUGAACAUGAUAUCCAUGGUACAGUCUUAGAGGAAGAAUCUGAUAGCCUAGUUCCUGCAUCAUACAGCAGAACUCGCCAGGAUCUCAAUGCCAUGUCAGCACACAGAAAUAACAAAAUACAGCGCUUUAAGGAGAAGAAAGAAAUGGAGAAAAAGUUAGCAGAACUCAAGUCUCAGAUUGAAAGAGCUCAUGUAGAUGAUGAGGUUAAGAGAGAGUUCUACCUGACCCAGCUGAAGCACUGGGCCAACCAGGCCAUAGAUGAGGUGGACAAUUGCUGUCUGGAGCUGCAGAUGUUGAAACACAGGGAGGAGAUGACUAAACCUGGAGCAGCACUGCAGCAAGCCCCUAGCUCUUCUACAAAGCCUUUCCGUCCAUUUAUUUUGACAAAAAAUGAACUUCAAAAGCGAGUAUUUGGUGCAGGCUACCCAGCCCUUGCUACCAUGACAGUUGAUGAAUUUUAUGAGCAGAAGUUGAAGGAAGGAACACUAUCAGAAUCAGUUCAUGGAGGCCAUAGUUUACAGGAAUGGGCCAGGGACCCAGACAAAGAUGCUUUAGCAAGAGAAAAAGAAGACGCAGAGAAAGAAGAGAAAGUUGAGAGAGAUGAUGAGGAAUUAUUAGCACGAGCCAGGGCAAUGGAUGAUUGGAAGGAUGAACACAGAAGAGGGGAUGGCAACAGACACAACAAAGGAUAGCACUAAUGGAUUUGUCAUGUUUAGGGGUGCAGCCUUAUCCAUGAUAUUACAUUAGGCUGCUUGUGAUGGUAGUACAGGUCUAUGGCAGGCAGCCCUGAGUGCAGGUCUAUGGCAGGCAGCCCUGUGUGCAGGUCUAUGGCA